GUCUCCUCUCCUGGCUCAGCUGCUGCUCUGUGCGUUCCAGGGCCUCCUUCAGCAGCGCCUUUUCCUCCACCUCUUUAUGGACGUCAUCCUCCAGUUUUGCUACCUGCGUCUGGUACAUCUGAACGGACACUUUGCUAUGCCUGGGUGCACGGAGAGACAGCGUCCCUUUCCCCCUCACCGUCCCCAUUCACCUUUCAAGGCCCCAGCCUCUCUAGAUCCUUCUGUAUAGGCUUGCCUUAUGAGAUAGUGACAAGGACUUGGGGAGUAGAGGGGAGAAUACGUUGAACAUGCAGAGCAUUGGGUGGUUCCGGAAGUGUUGCUGGCCUUUCCUGAUGCUCCAAGGGUGUGGGUGGAAGCCUUGGGGAGAUGAGGGGCCUUCAACGUCACACAAGUGCUAAAUCAAGAUUCGAGCGUGUGUGUGUGUGUGUGUGUGUGUGUGUGUGUGUGUGUGCACGCACACAUAUGUGCAUGUGUAUGUAUGUGUGUGUGCGCAUGUGUGCAUGUGUGUGUGCGUGUGUGUGUGUGUGCGUGCACACACACUCGUUUGUGUGAAUGUAGGCAUGCUUGUGUGGAGGCCAGCGGACAACAUUGGGUAUGUGUCCUUGCUUAAGACAAGAUCUCUUUGUUGUUUUUCUGCCCUGUAUACCAGAAUCCUCCUGUCUCUGCCUUCUGUCUUCCCACAGGAGCACAGGAAUUACAGACGAACCUACUACGGCUUGUCUGUAGAUUCAGACUCAGCCCCUAAGACUUGUGGGACACAUGGCUUUUACCUAUCAAAUCAUACCCAGCCUUUCAUUAUUUUGAGACAGGGUCGGAUGUUGCCCAGGCUGGUUUCGCACUUGCUAUGCAGUGGAGGAUGACCUUGAACUCCUGAUCCUUCAGAUCUCACAUAGCCGAGGUUGCUGUCAGACUUUCUACGUAGCCAAAGAUGACCUCGAACUGGCCCUCCUGUCUCCAUCUCCUGAGUGCCGGGAUUUCAGGCUCUUCGAGGGCCAAGCAUGCUUCCUGUGGAGACUGGUCCUCCCGGGAUGGUGCUGAAGAUGUGCAAAGUCUGGAAGCUGUGAAGAGCCUGUCUGCAGCCCAGGGCUGCCAGAUGCUUCCCAAAGUGAAAGGAAAGGAUGCUCCGAACUCUAGGAAACUGAGACCUCAAGGAACCGCUCUGGCCGUGUCCCACAGCCGGGCCGUGAGGAAUGACAGCUGGGGCCACAGCACCAGGCAUGGGCGCAGAGUAUGUCCACCAGCUCUGUGGUCACUCAGGCGUGCUUCCCGCCGGAGGAGCAUCUGGGACAGAUGGGAGACCUUAGCAAGUGACCGCCCGCCGUGGUCUUUGAAGUGGGACUGUCAUUCUCAGAGUGGGGAACUGGUGCACAGUGACCUCCCUAGGGCCACAGACUUUCUAUGUGGAGGGAUUGGGAUUCAAACCCAGAUCCCAGACCAGCUUGAUCGGAGGCGGACAGCCAGGCACUGCCCAUUCAUGAUCGCAGGAAGACCCGGGAGCGCUGUUUCCGUUGUUGGUGGUGUGGCCCUGGAGACUGAUGGUGGGGGCAGAGCUCUGUUUUACUUUGUUAUUGACCAUGGACGAGCGAGCUUAUACUCUUAGGGAAGAAAGCCCUUAGCCCUGGCUUGGGCGGCUGGAGCUGCCUGGAGCCCCACUCACAGACACUGACCUCUUGGAAGCUGGAGAAUGAAUCUGGGUGGGCGGGUUCUAUCUGCAAUGAGAUGUCACACGUCUGGCUCAGGUGCCUAGGCUUCUGCUCCGCGCUCAGGUGGGGUCUGGGUUUCUCUUGGGAAGCCCUGGGGCAGAGAGGGGGCAUCAUGGGUAUCAGGUAGCUCAGGGUUCUGGGACCUGUGCAUCCCUCUGUAAACCUGGAAGUCGAACUAUCUUUCACAGGUGACUGAGUUCUUUCAGACUUCCUGCGUUUAAAGCCGAGAGCCCGGGUUACCUGGGGGGUGGGGGGGUGGAGGGGAGGGAUGCGCAUCCCAGAGCAAAACGCGGCUGUUUUAAUUAAUGACUCUAGGAAGCAAUGAAACACUAUCAUUCAUUUAUCCGUCUGCUUCAGCCAGUAUUUACUGAGCCCUCUCUGUGCCAGUGACAGACACCUUGGAGUGGUCAUACCACAAGGACCCCUUCCCACACCUGAGCGCCUCCCUGAGGACCUUCAGUUCCCUGUCCUUCUUCUCCACCAGGCCCGUCGUCUGCACCACCUUCGCCUUGAGAAUGCUCAGCUCGCCGUUCUGCUGCCGCACCAGGGCCACCUGCCGCUCCAGCUCUGUCUUCUGCUUCUCACUUAGCUCCCCUGGGAGCGACAGGAAGUUAGUGAGGGGUUUUCCACCUCAGAUCCCCGCUGUGAGCUAUCUGACAGCCCUCUGGGAUCCAUGAGGCUGGUUCCCAGGGGCUCUAGUGCUCCCCGGGAGCAGGAGCUCAGCCACAGAGCCUCUGCACGUGACAGUGGGUGGCAUAGUAAGUCCCCUGCUUCUGUCUCAUGACAGGGUUAAACCGGCAGCCGCCAUCAGGGCCCCACCGCCUGCCCACACCCCCCCUGUCUUUAGGACACGCUGGCCAAUGUUCAGCUACCGACUUCUGAGUGUUUUUGUUUAUACUUUUGUUUUCAGACAGGCUCUCACAUAUCCUAGGCUGGUCUUCAACUCUUUCUAUAGCCAGAGAGGACCUUAGACUUCUGAGAUUCCUGCUUCCACCUCCUCAGUGGCAGGACUACAGGUGUGAUAGAUACCAGGCAUACUUUCAUUUAGUGCUGGAGCCUGAACCCAGGGCCUCAGGCAGGCUAGGUAAGCUCUACCGCAGGCUAGGCAGGCUCUGCUGACUAACCCUCAUAUCCAGCUGCUUCUGUAUCUACCCAGGGGUGUUCUCAGGCCCCUCGGGUCUUCUGGGCUAUGUACCUGACAGGUACAACAGGGUUCUACCCAUAGCUGGUACAGACAGCUUUUCCCACUCUAACUCUCUCGGCUGCCCCCUAUACUUCAUUUGUCCCCCUUAUGGCCCUACUUCGUUGCUUGAAGGCAUCUCCUGGGGCUGGGAUGGGAACAGACUGGCUAUAGUGGAGUUCCAGUUUUAGGGUCCGCAGUUGGGAGGACCCAACGCUAAUACCCUUGAACUGCCUUAAAACUUCAGUUGCAGGCUACAGGGGAAUUACUGUUGGCAGCCCCACUUCACAGAUAUAGACACUGAGGCUCAGAGAGGUAGAGUCUUGUCUAAUGUCCAGGACCUAAUGGUGAUCAGGUUCUGGAACUGGGUUUUGAGUCUCUGAAGACACCACUAUUUAUCACUCUCCUUCCUUCUGGAAAAUCAUGGGCGUGUCCUCAGGGAGCAGAGUCCUGAGGGUUUGGGGGUGUCAGAGGCUGGAGAUGGGUGAGACAGUCUCCCUCUCUACCUUCCCUCCCUUCCUCCCUUUCUUCCUUCCUGUCCUCCUUUCCUCCUCUCCUCCCUCC